CUCAGGGCGGAGCACAGCCCCGCUCGCUCUCUCGGCGCUCCCCGCCCCGCCGUUGGAUGUUCUCGGUGCUCUCGGUGCGGUCUGCCUGCCUCGGAAGCGGCCGCAGUUGUGUCCGGUCCGGUUCGGCUCGGCUGGGGCUGGUUCCCGCGGCGGGGCUGAGUCGGGCGGGCGCCGCCAUGGUUUAAAGUCCCGCGGGAAGAAGCGAGUGGGCGAGAGCCAUGAACCUGCUCCCGGCCAACCCGCACGGCAACGGGCUGCUGUACGCCGGCUUCAACCAGGACCACGGAUGCUUUGCAUGUGGAAUGGAAAAUGGAUUCCGAGUUUAUAAUGCAGAUCCACUCAAAGAAAAAGAGAAACAAGAAUUCCUAGAAGGUGGUGUUGGCCAUGUGGAAAUGCUGUUUCGCUGCAACUAUUUAGCACUAGUGGGAGGAGGAAAGAAGCCCAAGUACCCACCCAACAAAGUAAUGAUCUGGGAUGACCUGAAGAAGAAGACUGUCAUUGAGAUAGAAUUUUCUACGGAAGUCAAAGCAGUUAAGCUGCGCAGAGAUAGGAUUGUGGUAGUCUUGGACUCCAUGAUUAAGGUUUUCACUUUCACACACAAUCCCCACCAGCUGCACGUCUUUGAAACCUGCUACAACCCUAAAGGUCUCUGUGUCCUUUGUCCAAAUAGUAAUAAUUCUCUCCUUGCGUUUCCUGGAACACACACUGGGCACGUGCAGAUCGUGGAUCUGGCCAACACAGAAAAGCCUCCUGUGGACAUUCCGGCUCAUGAAGGCGUCCUGAGCUGUAUAGCUUUAAACCUGCAGGGAACAAGAAUUGCAACAGCUUCAGAAAAAGGGACCCUCAUAAGAAUAUUUGAUACUUCAUCAGGGCAUUUAAUCCAGGAGCUACGCAGAGGAUCACAGGCGGCCAAUAUAUACUGCAUUAACUUCAAUCAGGAUGCUUCCUUAAUCUGCGUGUCCAGUGACCAUGGCACAGUACAUAUUUUUGCUGCAGAAGACCCCAAGAGAAAUAAACAGUCAAGUUUGGCCUCUGCCAGCUUUCUCCCCAAGUACUUCAGUUCCAAGUGGAGUUUCUCCAAGUUUCAGGUUCCCUCAGGCUCUCCGUGCAUUUGUGCCUUUGGAACAGAGCCAAACGCUGUCUUAGCAAUAUGUGCAGAUGGCAGCUACUACAAGUUCUUAUUCAACCAAAAAGGAGAAUGCUCAAGGGACGUCUAUGCUCAGUUUCUAGAAAUGACGGAUGACAAGCUUUGACUGAACGGAGGGGUGCUCAGGUCAAAGCACUGCCUUGGCUAUUCUGCAUCUUUGGGAGGACAGUAUAUGAAUGUCCAAUGCUGAUCAAGAUGUUUAGCAGACCUCAAUGAGAAGCCUGGCCCACCACGAUCAGAACAAGCUCUGAAGUAGGGGACUACAUUUGUUUAUUCUCAUUUCUGCAAGCUUUUCAUCAUUAAAAUCUCUUUGGGUUACUGUCAUCAACUCAAGUUGUGGCUUUCAACAAGCUUGUGCCUAUUGGGUUUCUCUUUAAACUGUGAAAUGACUUCAGUUAAAACACGAGUGCCUGCCACACUGACAGAUCUGCAGGGGGCUGUGCAAGUGUCAGGACUAGCCAUAGAAAAAGGGAUGUGAAAGCAGAAGAUUUUAGGCAGCACUGGAAGUGGGAGGCAGUACUUCCACUCACACCCAAAUGUAACUCUAUUAGCUGGGCUAGAACAGGACUUCAGCCUUUCCCCAAACACAUCUCAGUGUACCAGAGCAGAGGACGAGUGCAGCCAGGAAAGACUGUAGCUUGAGCCAUGUUUGUUGGCUGGGGGGUGUCCUGUUAUUACAGCCCACAGCUCGUGUCCACCUACGCACAGUGGUUCAGCUGAAUGAUCAGCACUAACGGUGCCAAACUGUACAUAGUAGCUGAAGGCACGUUUAGGUGUUUGCUGACCCCGCUAACCUGUCCUCAGUGCAUGGAGCAAGCAGCCAGGAGCUGGGCAUGGGGAACUCCUGCAGCUGGAGAGUCAGUUCCUUCUGUAAGGGAACAGCCAUUCCAGGUCUAAAAAGAGAAAACCACCAGCCGUGGUCCCAGUGUCACAGCUGUACUGAGAGCUGGGAAACUCCUCUGCUUAACUGGAAGAGUGGAGCGGCUGCUUCCACAUCCAGCACAAUACAGGAACCAGGCGGCACUGAGCAGAUGCUCUGCACUGGCUUUAGAUGUGCUCAGUUUUGUUUCUUUGAGGUGCCGUGCAUUGCAUCACGCUUACCUGAGGAGAUGGAGGUUAGACUAAAUCCAUUGCAAACUCUUCCCACAAGUCAUUGUGCAGCAGGUGGGAUUUAAUGCCAGGUUAAGGCACAAAAUACUACACUAGGAACUGAAAUAGACACAGGCUCUCAGCAAUGAAUAUCUGGGGGGAGGGAAGUCUUGAUCUCCUGAAAAUUUCACAGACGUUUCAAACCUGCCGUCCCAGUUCUCGUUAAGAUUGUUCAGGUGAAGACCCAACAUUUGACAAGUUUCUUUUAGUGUCAUGUAACAUACUGAGGACUAAACUCCUACGCAGAUUUCGAUGUCAAGGUUGCAUGUUGCUUUUAUGUGUAUUUAAUCACAAAUUGUUUUGCACACUUAUUUGUAAUAUGUUAUUUCUUUUAAAUAAAAGUGACUAAUUUUGCUGUAA